UGAACAGCACACUGUACGUGAGAUGCAAGUGAACUGAUGAGAGUCCUAUCUUGAAGCCUACCACCGGCAUUGAAACACCGAAUUGAAACGUGAACGAGUCUUUUGAAAUGUGGCAACGAGAAAAUUAUUGAUGUUGAAUUAGGGAUGCGAGUUUAGAACACAUGUAGGGCUAAAUUUCCAUUAAUAAAAUGAGAGAUCAGAUAACUGUUCCAGCCUGAUAAAUGAGAAUGAUAAUCGCAUCCUGAUUGUUUUUUUGUCGGCAUAUGGACAUAGCGCGCUUCACAGCUGACGGUGCCAUUGUGGGACAUUUUCCAACACCAAAGGAAGGACACUACAUUCAGCAGGUUCUUUAUUCAUUUAGCACACCAGACACAUCAUGACUGUGCCUUUUUACAUUUCAAGGAUGAUGUGAAGACCAUUGUUGAGGAUAUCAACUAGAGUGCAGCCUGACUGAGUACAGCCUUGUUCAUUCCUGCCCUACAGCACUAGACAUUUUGUCUGGACUUGCUAUCUCUUAGAAGCCCUAUGGGGAUGGGGACCUGUUUGGAUAUAGGAUGCACUUACUGCGGCCGUACUAAGGAGCAGUCAUGGGCCCUGACGUGGUGGCUGUUGGUCCUGAUGUCUAUCUCCCUAGCAAUGGGCCAAGGUCAUUCCGUCAACACUUUCCAGUCAGAGAGGAGAGAGUGGACCCUGAACCACCUGACAGUGCACAAGACCACUGGUGUUCUCUAUGUUGGUGCUGUGAACCGGAUCUACAAGCUGUCUGCCAACCUGACACUUCUGAUCUCCCACGACACAGGUCCUGAGUACGACAACAACGCCUGCUACCCUCCUCUUAUAGUGCAGCCCUGCUCAGAGCCCUUAGCAUCCACUGACAACAUUAACAAACUGCUGCUCAUAGACUACUCCCACAACCGCCUGCUGGCCUGUGGCAGCCUCUACCAGGGAGUCUGCAAGCUGAUGCGACAGGACGACCUGUUUAUCCUGGUAGAGCCCACUCACAAGAAAGAGCAUUACCUCUCCAGUGUCAACCAGACAGGCACCAUGUAUGGUGUCAUCGUGCCCUCCUCGCAGGGCCAGGACGGCACCCUUUUCAUCGGCACAGCCGUGGGUGGGAAGCAGGACUAUUUCCCCACCAUCUCCAGCCGUAAGCUGCCCCGCGACCCAGAGUCCUCUGCCAUGCUGGACUACGAGCUCCACACAGACUUUGUCUCCUCUCUCAUUAAGAUCCCCUCUGACACGCUAGCUCUGGUCCCGCGCUUUGACAUCUACUACAUCUACGGCUUUGCCAGCGGGAACUUUGUCUACUUCCUGACCGUGCAGCCAGAGACCCCAGAGAAUGGGAUGCCAGCUGGCAGUUCCCCUGGUGACCUGUUCUACACAACCCGCAUCAUACGCCUCUGCAAAGGGGACACAAAGUUCCACUCGUAUGUGUCUUUGCCAGUGGGCUGUGUACACAAGGGAGAGGAGUAUCGCCUCCUACAGGCCGCCCACCUGUCUAAGGCAGGGAAGGUAUUGGCCAGGUCCUUCAACAUCAGUGCCCAGGAUGACAUCCUCUUUGCUGUGUUCACCAAGGGUCAGAAGCAGUACCACAAGCCUCUGGACAACUCCGCCCUGUGUWUCUUUACCAUCCGAGACGUCAACGCCCGCAUCAAAGAGCGCCUGCAGUCCUGCUACCAGGGAGAGGGCAACCUGGAAUUGCACUGGCUGCUGGGAAAGGACGUGCAGUGCACCAAGGCGCCUGUGCCYAUCGAUGAUCACUUCUGUGGGCUGGAUAUCAACCAGCCCCUUGGGGGCUCCCAGCUGGUAGCUGGCCUGACGGUGUAUACUGAGACCAGGGACAGGCUGACCUCUGUCAUCUCCUACGUCUAUAAUGGCUACAGCGUGGCUUUUAUCGGAACCAGGAGUGGCAGACUGAAGAAGGUCCGAGUGGAUGGGCCUCCUGAGGGCGGGGGGCAGUAUGAGACCCUGACCGUGAUGACAGAAGGUAGUCCUAUCCUCCGAGACAUGGCCUUCUCUCUGGACCGCAACUCUCUCUACAUCAUGUCUGACAAUCAGGUGACCCAGGUCCCAGUGGAGGCCUGUGAGCAGUAUGGAACCUGCGGAGAGUGUCUGAGCUCUGAGGAUCCUCACUGCGGCUGGUGUGUCCUGCUCAACAUGUGUGCCAGAAGAGACCAAUGCCAGAGAGCAGAGGAGCCCUUCCGGUUCGCCACUGAUAUCGAACGUUGUGUGAAAGUUAUCGCUCACCCAGACAGCAUUGCCGUGUCAGCACACAGUGUGCCUCUCCUACUGGAGGUGAGCAAUGUACCUGACCUCUCAACUGGGAUCACCUGUUUAUUUGGARAGCAGACCGAGGUGGAGGGCCAUGUCAAUGGCAACAGAGUCAUGUGCCUGUCCCCAUCUGGCAAAGAGGUCCCACACAUACCUGAAGGACAAGACUGGUUGGGUGUUGCGCUGCGUCUGAACUCUAAGGAGACAGGUCAAAUGCUGGGCAGUACAGAGGUCAAGUUCUAUAACUGCAGCGUGCAUCAAACGUGUCUGUCCUGUGUGAACAGUACCUUCCGCUGCCACUGGUGUAAAUAUCGCAACCUGUGUACCCACAAUCCCUUCAGUUGCUCCUUUCAGGAGGGCCGGGUCAACGCCUCAGAGGACUGCCCCCAGCUGCUGCACUCUGGGGAGAUCCUGAUCCCAGCAGGGGAGGUGAGACCCAUCACCCUGAGGGCCCGGAACCUUCCACAGCCCCAGUCUGGCCAGCGGGGGUACGAGUGUGUGCUCUACGUUCAGGGAACCAACCACCGUGUCACCGCCCUGCGCUUCAACAGCUCCAGUGUGCAGUGCCAGAACAGCUCGUACAUAUAUGAGGGUGUGAGGAUCAGUGACCUGGCAGUGGACCUCUCCAUCAUUUGGAAUGGCAAUUUCAUCAUCGACAAUCCAGAUAAGAUUAAAGUGCACCUGUAUAAGUGUGGUGCCCAGCGGGACAGCUGUGGCAUGUGUCUGCGGGCUGAGAGGAAGUUCCAGUGUGGCUGGUGCAGUGGAGAAGGCCGUUGCACCAUGAGGCAGCACUGCCUGCCCAUCAGCCCCUACGCCAGCCGCUGGCUCGACGUGUCCACCAGGAACGUUAAGUGUACCAACCCACGCAUAACUGAGGUGAGCCCAGUGGCAGGGCCUCCAGAGGGGGGAACACUGGUCACCAUCCAGGGCCUGAACUUGGGCCUGUCCUUCUCUGAGCUGGUGGGCAACGUGGAGGUGGCAGGGGUUCAGUGUACCCCACAGGAAGAGGGCUACAUCACUGCAGAACAGAUUGUGUGUAAAAUGGCCUCUACGUCUCAGGGAAGUGCACCUGGUCCAGUCCAGCUGUGUGUUGGUGAAUGUAGACCAGAACUACGAACUCAGUCCUCCCAGCUCUACUCCUUUGAGACUCCUACCAUGGUGGGACUGACCCCUGGCCGAGGGCCUGAGUCUGGGGGCACUAAGGUCACCAUCGUGGGGGAGAACCUGGGUGCUGGGAGCAGUGUGAACGUUACCUUUGGAAACCAGACUUGUGAGCUGUACAGGCGGACCAUGUCGGAGAUCGUGUGUUUCUCGGCACCCUCUGUGAYGGGCGCCACCCUGGUGCAGGUCAGCCUCAGUGUAGAUCUGGCCAUGGUGCAAGGAAGCCUGGGCUUUGAGUACAUCGAGGAUCCCACAGUCCAGCGCAUCGAGCCAGAGUGGAGCAUCACUAGUGGACACACUACCCUGAUGGUGACCGGGACCAACCUGGAUGUGGUGCAGGAGCCGAGGGUCAGGGUCAAGUACGCCGGCCACGAGUCUGUCAACGUGUGUAAGGUGCUCAACACCACCACGAUAAUCUGCUUCGCUCCCUCCCUGAAGGCAGAGUACACACUGGAGCAGGAGUCAGUGAAACACGURGAAGARUUUGGUUUUGUUUUCAACAAUGUGCAGGCCCUGCUCACCUACAACAGUACAAGCUUCAUCUACUACCCCAACCCUUACCUGGAGCCCCUCAGCUUGUCUGGGGUGCUGGAGCAGAAACCUGGUUCCCCCAUCAUACUCAAGGGGCGCAACCUGGUGCCCUCAGCAUCUGGAGGGGCCAGGCUGAACUACACCGUGCUGAUYGGGGACACACCCUGCUCCCUCACCGUCUCUGACACACAGCUCCUCUGUGAGCCCCCAAACCUCACAGGCCAGCACAAAGUCAUGGUCCAGGUGGGUGGUCUCCACAUCUCUCCUGGUGCAGUCCACUUCCGCUCAGACAGCCUGCUCACCCUCCCCGCCAUCUUCAGCAUCACGGCUGGAGGAGGCCUGCUGCUCAUCAUCGUCUUCAUUGUUCUAUUGGCCUACAGACGAAAGUCGCACGAGAAUGACCUCACUCUCAAACGCCUGCAGAUGCAGAUGGACACCCUGGAGUCUCGGGUGGCUCUGGAGUGCAAGGAAGCGUUCGCUGAGCUGCAGACUGACAUCAACGAGCUGACCAGUGACCUAGACAGGGCUGGGAUCCCCCACCUGGACUACCGCACCUAUACCAUGAGGGUCCUCUUCCCUGGCAUUGAUGACCAUCCUGUACUCAGGGAGCUGGAGGUGUCUGGAAGCGGGCAGCAGGGUAUGGAGAAGGCCCUGAAGCAGUUUGCCCAGCUGGUGAAUAACAAGGUGUUCCUGCUGACCUUUAUCCGUACUCUGGAGCUCCAGCGCUCCUUCUCCAUGCGUGACCGYGGCUACGUGGCCUCGCUCAUCAUGACCGCGCUGCAGGGCCGUCUGGAGUACGCCACCGACGUGCUCAAACACCUCCUCUCUGACCUCAUCGAGCGCAACCUGGAGAGCAAGAACCACCCCAAACUACUGCUGCGCAGAACUGAGUCAGUUGCAGAGAAGAUGCUGACAAAUUGGUUUGCCUUUCUACUUCACAAAUUCCUUAAGGAAUGUGCAGGUGAGCCUCUCUUCAUGCUGUACUGUGCCAUCAAGCAGCAGAUGGAGAAGGGACCUAUAGACUGCAUCACCGGGGAGGCGCGCUACUCCCUCAGUGAAGACAAACUCAUCCGCCAACAGAUUGAAUACAAGACCCUGACUCUGAGCUGUGUAAACCCAGACAAUGAGAACAGCCCUGAGAUCCCUGUCAAGGCGCUCAAUUGUGACACCAUCACCCAGGUGAAGGAGAAGAUUCUGGAUGCUGUCUGUAGGAACAUGCACUUCUCCCAGAGGCCCCGCGCUGCAGACAUGGACCUAGAAUGGCGCCAGGGGAGGACGGCACGUGUGGUCCUGCAGGAUGAAGACAUCACCACUAAGAUUGAAGGCGAUUGGAAAAGACUCAACACCCUCAUGCACUACCAGGUAUCAGACCGCUGUGUGGUGGCCCUGGUGCCCAAGCAGAUGUCCUCUUACAACCUGCCCUCCUCAGCCAGCUUCCCACGCAGCAUUAGCCGAUACGAUGUACCAUUCCGCUCCAACCCCACCAGCCCUGACAGCCCUCACUCCCGCAUGCCCAUGCUCACCCCGGACAUGGAGAGCGGGGUGAAGGUGUGGCACCUGGUCAAGAACCACGACCACGGGGACCAGAAGGAGGGCGAACGCGGCUCCAAGAUGGUGUCAGAGAUCUACCUGACCAGGCUACUGGCUACUAAGGGUACACUGCAGAAGUUUGUGGAUGACCUGUUUGAGACGUUGUUCAGCACUGUGUGCCGGGGCAGUGCUCUUCCGCUCGCCAUCAAGUACAUGUUUGACUUCUUGGACGAGCAGGCUGACAAGCACGGCAUCCAUGACAUGGAUGUUCGCCACACAUGGAAAAGCAACUGCCUGCCUCUGCGCUUCUGGGUGAACGUGAUCAAGAACCCGCAGUUUGUGUUUGACAUCCAUAAAAGCAGCAUCACAGACGCCUGUCUGUCUGUGGUGGCCCAGACCUUCAUGGACUCCUGCUCUACCUCAGAGCAUCGCCUGGGCAAGGACUCCCCCUCCACCAAGCUACUCUACGCCAAGGACAUCCCCAACUACAAGAGCUGGGUGGAGAGGUACUACGCGGACAUAAACCGCCUACCUGCCAUCAGUGACCAGGACAUGAAUGCCUACCUGGCCGAGCAGGCCCGUCUUCACUCCAAUGAGUUCAAUGUGCUGUGUGCCCUGCACGAGAUGUAUGCCUACGUCAGCAAGUACAGCCAAGAGAUCAUUGAGGCCCUGGAGCAGGAUGAGCAGGCCCAGAAGCAAAGGCUGGCCUACAAGGUGGAGCAGAUCAUCGCAGCCAUGUCUGUGGAGAGCUGAGACAGACAUACAGAUGUGUGUACUCAGAGACACACUGACAUGACAAGGCCCAGGACACAGGCCACAAGCUGUCAGCAGAGCAAGCACACCCAAAAGCCACAGGUGAAGUGAACUACAGAUUAAUUCAGCCUGAGUGCUCAACAAGGGAAGAACAUGGAUAGACAAGCAAAUUCACCAAGCACUGCUGUUCUCUUUCUGUUGGCUGCAAUGAGACCACAUGUGGAGGCAAAGACAAAAUAACUUUCUGUUUUUACUACAAAAACAAAAUACAUUUAUCUAAGUAUGAACUAAUGACAUACAUAUGAUAGCCUUGGCCUUGGACUGACAUUUCCACUUCAGUGGACAAGUCUAAUAAGCCUUUAUGAAACCGUAUGAAGGCUCUAUGAAAGUUAGAAUUUACUCUGAGAUUGGAUGGCAGUAAAAUGUUAUCCUGAACCUCCAUGUCAUCCAAGGUAGCAUCAUUCUUUGGGGGGGGGGGCUACCUCUCUGCCUGACACUCAGCUUUCCAGACACACAACACUAUUAUUACAGGUUGAGGGUUCAAUUCCAUUUUUGCAUACUUUGGGCUGGAUCCAAUCAAAUCUGCCUUAGCAAUGGUUACACAGUUACACUGCCUACUGCCUGUGUAAACAUGUGCCUAAAUCUGGACACUGGGUGCAUGGCGAGGGGAGGUCAUCUGGUGCCCAAAAUCUUUCUGUGAAUCUAUUUAUGCUAUUGUGUAAAUACUGCAGUGCAAAUUUGAUUGAAUUAAGCCAUCAGMAUUCCAUAUAUUAUAAAUAGAACACAUCUAUAUAGAAAGCCAUUACAAAUAUAUMAUUUAUUUAAAAUGAUCACUUCAGUUUGUUGACCUCUUAGUGCCAAAAGCUUAUCAUACUAGGCAUAAAUGCCAUGUAGACAAAGUAGGAAUUAUAUAUAAAAUCGUUGAAUAAGGUGGUCUUACGUUAAGUUAUUAAGGCACUCUGGGGAUGACAGACAUGAGGGAAGUGAGGGAAGAACUAGAUUAGCAGUGACCCAAAGUAGCCAAAUGGAGCUUUGGGAAUCAUUCCAUAGAGCUGGAAGAUUCAUGACAGCUAACUACUUCCUGUGGGCCAGAUCAUUUUCAUCCUGRUUAAUGAGACUUCUCAGCCAUCAGUCAUUGUUUACACUGAACAUGAUACUUGAAUUACAGUAGUUCUUUGUGUUAUAUUUUCGGAGAAUCCUCAGGCUUCCACGUAGCAUGCUUUUAAAGGUGGACACUCAAGAUUCCUGUUGCAUCAAGUAGUCUGUAUCAUUCUUUUAAAUGUCCCAUUCAUGUUUUUACAGAAUGCAAUCAACAUGACAGAAUAGCCAUUUCAAUGGUUUGAUUUUCACAUAUUCAAAUUACUGCAUUCAUUGAGUGCAAUCUUAAAGAUGGUCAUUAUAAAACUGGACACUCCAGAGGAUUGCUUUAAUCCAGGGUUUGUGUUUAUCUUUAUCUGCAUUGAAGACAUUUAUUACACUCCUGAUGAUUUCUCCAUUAUUCUACAGUCAUUGUAAAAGAGUAAAAAAAACUAAGAGGUUAAAGAAAAGAAGAAAAAAAACUGUCAUGUCCUGUUUGUGUAAAAAAAGAA